UCUUCUCUACCUAAUUUUCUCUUUUAUUGAGUUAAUUGCUGCUGUAAUUUAAUAUAUCUCUGUUGAAACGGCUCUUUUCUCUCUCUGCUUUGCGGUGCUCCACUGCGGUGGCCACUGCUGGUUGGCUGCGUCUUGUCGCGGCCACCCAUGGUUGGAGCUCAUGACAGCCGCGAUAAGAGCCACCCGACAGAUGAUGAUGUGAUGUGCGUGAUGCUUUCUGAUUGAUGAAUGUUGUGGGUUUGCAUUGGAGAUGUCUAACUGUUAUUUAUGUGGGAUGCUUUUGUCAAUUUCAACCCAUCAUAGGUGUUGGAAGAGGCUUUAGGGCUUUUCUUUAGUGGAAAAUUUCACAUCUCAAUGGAAAAUUUGCUUCAGGGUACAUGCUUAUGGAAUCUUGAGAGGAGAUGUCAGGCAUUAGUUAUGAGGAUAUCAAAUUAAAAUGAACUAGGUUCCCAGGUGAAGUGCAUGUUCUACUUGGAAUGGCUCUGAAUAUAUACUCUUCAAUAAUGGAUACUAGUAAUGUUCCCGUCAGUACGGGAAAUACAGUUUUGGAGCCUCGUAAUGACAUGGAAUUUGAGUCACAUGAAGCUGCAUAUUCAUAUUACAAAGAAUAUGCCAAGUCUGUGGGAUUUGGGACUGCUAAAUUGAGCAGCCGUCGGUCUAGGGCAUCAAAAGAAUUUAUUGAUGCAAAAUUUUCUUGCAUACGGUAUGGAAAUAAACAACAGUCGGAUGAUGCUAUUAAUCCUAGACCCUCCCCAAAAAUUGGUUGCAAAGCAAGUAUGCAUGUCAAGAGAGGGAAAAAUGGCAAGUGGUAUGUGUAUAGUUUUGUGAAGGAGCAUAAUCAUGAGCUUUUACCAGCUCAAGCACAUUUCUUCCGAAGCCACAGGGAUGCGGAUCCACUAAAAAAUGAUGUUCGGAUGAGGAGACGGAAGAAUCUUGCUACUGUAUCUAAACUGUUCAGCGCUUACCAAAAUGUUGAGUGUUUAGAAGGUUAUAUGAGAAAUCAGCAUGAUAAGGGGCGAAGUUUGGUUCUCGAAGCAGGAGAUGCUCAAUUACUGCUUGAGCUUUUUAUGCAUAUGCAGGAAGAAAAUCCGAAGUUCUUUUAUGCAGUUGAUUUAAAUGAAGAGCACAGAUUGAGAAAUGUUUUCUGGGCUGAUGCCAAAGGCAUGGAAGACUACAAUAACUUCUAUGAUGUAGUUUCCUUUGACACUACCUAUUUAACAAAUAAGUAUAAACUACCAUUGGUUCUUUUUGUUGGGGUUAACCAUCAUAUACAACCCACAUUACUCGGCUGUGCACUGAUUGCAGAUGAAACAGUUUAUACUUUUGCUUGGUUAAUGCAGACUUGGUUUGUAGCGAUGGGGGAGCGAGCUCCACAGGUGAUGCUCACCGAUCAGAGCAAUCCCUUAAAACAAGCUAUUGCAGCAGUCUUCCCUGAAACAAAGCAUUGUUUUGGCUUGUGGUAUGUAUUAGAAAAGAUCCCCCCAAAUCUAGAGUAUUUGACUCUGUGGCAAGAUACUUUUAUGGGAAAAUUUCAGAAAUGUAUUUAUAGAUCAUGGACUGAGGAAGAAUUUGAAAGGAGGUGGUGGAAAUUGCUGGACAAAUUUCAUCUUAGAGAGGUCCAAUGGGUCCAAUCCUUGUAUGAAGACCGUAAAUAUUGGGUACCUAUGUUCAUGAGGGAUUUAUCUUUUGCUGGUUUAUCAACAGCAUUGCGCUCAGAAAGUUUGAACACUUUGUUUGACCAAUAUGUGCAACCGGAAACAUCAUUAAGAGAGUUUAUGGACCACUACAGAGUAAUGCUUGAAGACAGUUAUGAAGAGGGAGCCAAAGCAGAGUUUGAUGCAUGGCAUGAAACACCUGAGUUGAAGUCUCCAUCACCAUUUGAAAAGCAAAUGUCACUGGUGUACACACAUGAAAUUUUUAAGAAAUUUCAAGUUGAGGUUUUGGGUGCAGCAGCUUGUCAUCUUAAGAAAGAAAAUGAAAGUGACACAGCCACAACAUACAGUGUUAAGGACUUUGAAGACAAUCAAAAUUAUAUGGUGGAAUGGAAUGAACUGAAAUCGGAUAUAUAUUGUUCAUGUCGUUCUUUUGAAUAUAAAGGUUAUCUCUGUAGACACGCCAUUGUUGUUCUCCAAAUGUCUGGUGUUUUCAGCAUCCCAUCUAAAUAUAUAUUACAGCGAUGGACCAAUGCUGCUAUGAGCAAGCAUGCUAUUAGUGAAAGAUUGGACGAGUUGCAAUCUAAGGUCCGCCGUUACAAUGAUUUAUGUAGACGAGCUAUUAUAUUGGGUGAAGAAGGUUCAUUAUCUCAAGAGAGUUAUGACAUUGCACUGUGUGCGAUAAGAGAAGCUCUUAAGCAGUGUGCCAUCGUAAAUAACUCUAUUGAGAAUGAUGCCAGGCCUAGCAACCCGGCAAUUCAAACUGUUUGUACUGUUGAAGAAGGGAAUCAAUGCAGCAUUACUUCAAAAGAGAAGGUCUCUGAUCCUACUAAAUACACGGGGACAAAUAAGACUCCCAGGAGAACUGAGGCAGGUAGGGAUAGUAAUCAGAGUAGUGCAAGCGGAAAAGGAAAGCAGGUGCCUCAGUUUGGUGUUUCAGGUGUUGGGAAUCAAGAUGGUCUUCACCAAAUGGAGCUAGUCGACAUGCGGCCAGCACAGUUGCAUAAUGUAAUGCCACCGCAAUUACAUAACAUAAUGCCAGCAAUGUUCCAUAACGUCCCACCACCGCAGUUUCAAAAUGUAGCUCCACCAAGGCAUCUACAUGAUAACCGCCCUCCGCAUUAGCUCGAGGACUAGCGUAUUCUGUAAAAUCACCAUGUAUGUUUCGGCGGCAACUGGGGUUCUACCAAGUUUUCUCCAGUUCAUAAGAAGAUUCCAAAACUGAAAAUGUCUGUGUUGCAAUUGUAUGAGUUUAAGGUCUCCGUCAUGAGCUCCCCAACAGUUGAGAUAAAAAGGGUAGGCAGUUUUUCCAGAACUAAGCUUGUAUUUAAGCUGCUUAUGAAAAUGAUUUAGCUUUACUCUGUCACUUUAAUCCCUCUUAUAAAUAAAGCUCUAUAUAUAGUUGAUAUA